AUGGUAUCUCAAAUACGUCAUUUAAUUUUACUUGGUGAUAGUAUUUUUGAUAAUCGUUCAUAUGUUGGUCGAGAUCAACCGGCUGUAAUCGAUCAACUUAAAGCAAAAGUUAAAGAUUUCGAUUGGAAUGCAACAUUACUUGCUGUCGAUGGAAAUGUCCUUUCAGAUGUUGGUAAUCAAAUAAAACAUGUUUCUUCUGAUGCUACUCAUUUAUUUAUUUCAAUUGGUGGAAAUAAUGCACUGUCUUAUAUGCAUCAUCUAAAUGAUUCAGUUAAAAAUGUUGGUGAAGCAUUAAUAGUGCUUAGUAAAAUAAAAAAAAAAUUUGAAAAAGAUUAUGUUGAUAUGUUAACAAAAGUGACUAAAUCAAAACUUCCUGUAACAACAUGUACUAUUUAUAAUCCACGUUUUGAUAAUUCACAUCAACAAACAAUGUGUGAAACAGGUUUAUCAGCAUUAAAUGAUAUUAUUAUUACAGAAUCAACUAAACUUGGAAUUCCAGUUAUCGAUUUAAAAACAAUAUUUAAUGAUCCAAAUGAUUAUGCAAAUUCUAUUGAACCUGAUGUUCAAGGUGGAAUGAAAAUAGUUGAAAAUAUUCUUUAUGUUGUAAAUAAUCAUCGUUUUGAUGAAAACAUUUGUUCUAUAUAUGCUAGAAUGAAUUAG